GUGUGGCACAUCGCUUAUCAGGCAGAAUGCCGGUGCCGCCUCGAGCUACUGGAAAGGCUCCACAUGCAGGUGAGGGACGACUACGAAGAAGCCAAGCAGCGUGGCAAGGACCACCCGUGCGACCCCGAUCGGCCGUGGAACUUAGUCCGGAAGAUGGCUGCUGACGAUGCGGCUUUCUGGAGGUAUGAGUUCGAAGACCCAGCGCUGCUUGUUCUGGCCAAGACGGGCGAGCUCGUCCACCAUGUCCAGAACGGCAAGUUCGCCGCCAACCGCAGUGGCGUCAGACUCUGCCAGGCAUUCCAGACAGGCCAGUGCGGGCAGACCCGCCGGAACAAGAUGUGCCCCUGGGGUACGGGCGGGGUCCGCCAGUGCGAGCAUUGCUGGGGCACCGGCCACGGGUCGGCAGGGGCGAACGCGUGUCCUGGAUGCGUGAUUCCAUCGGGCGCGCUGUCUACAGCGCCGGCCGCGGUUGAUAACUCAGGACACGCAUCGCUGCGCAGCCAGGAGGCGAGGGCCCUUGCAGCGCCAGCGCCGUUAGAUCCGUCGGCCGGCGGGGGCCGCCAGAAGAUCCCCAUCCACGUCGUUCUCGCCGAGCCGGAAACGCGGUGGGGACUUCUUGGCAUAGCCGUGCACCUCCGCAAGGUGGGUGCGCAGACGGCUGUCUACGACACCGACGGCGGCGAGGCGAGCGAGCUCCUGGCGCAGAACGUGUGGCGCGAGUUGGACGCCGGGAUUGGCGCGCUCGAACCCCGCGGUUGCGCGCUGGCCCCCCCGCCUGCAAUUCUCGACGGUUGUCGCGACGGCGGCCCUGCUUUCCGCGGCGAGGCGCCUCCAGACAUCUAUGGCUUCCGCCGUCUCUCGCCAGAGGUGGCCGAGCGUGUCCGCGGCGAGACAGCGCUGCCUGGUCGCCCAUCUUCUGUCCUCGAGCUCCCUGAGUGGCAGGCGAUUGUGGACUCGCCGGGCGUCGUUGCCUCGCCUCGCGUCUGGGGCGCCGUCGGCGCCGACGCUGCGCGGCCGGUCGAGAUCGCGCAUUUGUGCGCUGAUCUCGCCGGCGCUGCCGCAGGGCCAGCAGCGGCGCAUCCCCCCCUCGCGGGGCGGCUUCUGCAAGCCGCCGCGAGGAACAGGCUGGCGGCGCCAGAGGCUGAGGCUGCGCUGGUGCGAUCGGGCCGCUCCUGCAACAAGUUGGCCAGGCCGGCCGCUGGCGAAGUUGACGGGGUAGAUCUGUCCGAUGCCCAGGUGUCCUUCGCGCUGCCUCUUCGCCAGCGCGAGCCCGGCGCCAGGGCCGCUCUCUUGGCGCAGGAGGCAGAGCUGGACGCCCACCGCCCCGCCUUCGCCGCGCUCCUGGGCGCGUCGUCGUGGAGCCCUGCCUGGACAGAGGCGCGCUCGAGCGAUUGCCGCGCAGACAUGCUCGGGGCAUGGGCUGCUCGCGCGGGCGACCCAGGCUCAGGCGUCGCAGAGUGGUUCAUCGCGGGGGCUUCGGCUGGCAUCGUGAAGUCGCCGCCAGAAGACGGCGUGUCCCCCCUUGCCUCGGACAACGCGCCGCCUUGUCCGAUUGGCAAUUUGGUCUUCGAUGCCGUCGGCGACUCCUCAGACGGUGAAUUCGCGCGCCUGGGCGAGGGGGCCGUUGAGGAGAUCAAAUCUUAUGCAGCUUAUGCUUCUCGUGGGUGGCUGGCGUCCGCGGCAACCUUGGAGGGGUGCCGCGAAAAGCUCGGCGGCGCCCCUGCGCUGUCCAAGUCUCUUCUCCUCGCCAAGGUCAAGGAGGGGGGGGCUAAGAGGCGUCUGGUCAUCAACCUGAAGGCUUCCAGCGUCAUCGCCUCCACGGCAAGGACUCGCAGGGCGCCUCUGCCUGGCAUCAUGGGCGCUGUCCAGGACGCUUUGGAGGUGCUUUGCCGCCGCGAGGGGGACAGCCAGUUCGGCGUCGAAUGGCUUGUCGUUGACUUCGACGACGCUUUCUGGAACGUGCCGCUA